GAUCAAAACAUCCCUACCUACUCGUAUCGCUGGCGCUUAUUUAAUCCAAGCGUUCUCAAUGAAAUUCCACGAUCCCCGCCAUGAUGCCAGCUAGCUGCUGCUCCCCCGCUUCUGGCAACGACACUGAGCUUCAACAGCCGAUGUUACGACUUCCAGAUGAAUUAUUGAAGAUCAUAGCCUCCUAUCUGUCCACAGAAGAUCUACGAAAUACCGCGCUUGUAUCCACCCGCCUCUACCCCCAUGCCUCCGAAUUGCUCUGGCGCAGUGUGUCUUUGAUCGAUACAUGGAGAGAUCAUGAAGAGGAACCAGAUCUUCAAGAGGAAGAUGAAGGGUUAGACUUUCCAGACACGGCUCUACUCGUACCACGCCAGAUUCGAGACGACCAUGAUGAUACACCCAUCAUACAGAAGCUAUACCUGCUCGCGAAGCAUCCUCAUCUUGCGGCUCAAGUACACAUACUCACACAUCGCUGCCACCUCCCAACGCCGACUAUAUUCUCUGAAAUCCCUUUCAUGCACUUUCACAGUGACACGUUGUCCUGCGAUCAAAGAUUGCACCGUCUCCUGAGGCUCGCAAUAAAGAAUUUGGUGAAUGUGCAGACGCUGAGAAUCAUCUAUGGGCACUGGCAUAUUACUAGAAUGUUGCUUGAAGGUCUCUUGGACACUGCGAGAGAUAGACCACUUCGGAGGCUCUGGCUUGAGAGCUGCUCACUUGCAGAUGCUUCAAUUGAUUUUGGAGCGACGCUCAUCCAGGGCGGUUUGGAAAGUCUUCGCAUACGUCGUCUCCGGGCAGAAUCCAACCCUGAAAGUAAUCUCAUGAAAUUCCCAGAAUACACCCUCGAUCGUGGAGGCUUUACGCUACCCCUCCAUGAUGGCGCAGGUGGCUGGUUGUCUGCCAGCGUUCGCUUCAGUGACACGGACGCUCCUCCAUUAGUGUCGCAGCCAUCAAACAGCGUCAGAGAUAAGAGACUUGCCAAUUUCGAGGCUGCAAUAUGGUCAGAACUCCCAGAGAUCGAAGCAUUCUUGGAUCAACACACAGCACAUGUGUUGCCUAUCCCCUUGUCUUCUAGAAAGCCCAAUCUGCCCAUACUGCAAUUACUGAGCAUGUCAACGCAGACGUUGACCAAACUCAAUCUCGAUUGGAUACUCUGGCGGCCAAAUGAGCGCAACGAUCACGAAAGAAAUGUUGCCAAGACAUUCCAUAAGCUAUCAAAACUACGGUUCCCACAUCUACGUGCGUUCCAAGUGCGAAAUGCAGUCGUCCCGAUGACCAAUCUGCCCCGGAAACUAUACCUACUCGAGACCGUCUUCUUAGAGUUCCUUGAGGCUCAUCCACGGAUACAGUGCUUGUCCUGGCCCCUGGAUAGAUUCUAUUCACACCAUAGGAUGUCUGAGGAUAUCAAUGUACGUUGUCGAGCCGUCGUCGCCACACUCGGCAAAACCUUGAUAGACCUCCGAUUAGAUUCCUACUACAGCAACAGCGGCGAAUUGAUCAGUGACAACAUCGAUGCGUACAACUCGUCUUGUAAUCAAAAAAUACGUAGACGGAGGUUCAUCAGCGAAUUUGCACCCUUCAUGAGGCAACUGGAAUCGAUUAAACUUGAAGGGGGCAUUCCGCGUGACGAGAAACGGGAAAUUUUGAGAGCCUUGCAUCAUUGUUCACUAAAAAAGCUAGUUAUGAUUGGUGUUGCAUUUCCAGCCGGCAACACAUGGGGCGACCGAGGCAGGGGGCUUAGAGGGCUCGAUCCGGGACUCGGCAAUGCUACCUACGACCUCCAGGAGGAGGACCGUACGUCCCUAACAAAUCUGUUUAAUGAACCACUACCUCGACUUCACAACUUUAAAUUCUCGGCCACCUAUGGUUGGCCGCCAGGUUAUCCAUUCCUACAUACAAUCGCGACGCACCAUGCGGACACCUUGGAAGAACUCAAACUAUGUGGAUACAAUGGAAGUCCUAUUCUGUCUGAUUUCCUGCCUAUCACAGAACCCCUACUGUAUCCUCUACGACACUUCCAUAAGUUGCGACAAUUGAUUAUCUCCCUAUGGCUUCUCACCUAUUUCGAACAUGGCUACCGAGACUCGGAGAUCAUCCAGUCCUGGAAAAAUUCACGAUCAUCUCCAUCAAAGGCACCUGUUGUUAUCACUCCGCCUGCGGAUCCGGCGCUUAGUUGUCAAUCAGGGAACCCAACCCAAGCGCCGCACAGUCUUGGCAAUGAGACGUAUACACGACCUCAGCACUUCGACCGCUGGGCAGUAGCUCUUAAGACGAAAUAUUCUUCAAGUGCACUUGCUUAUCGCGUAGCUAAUGACAUCGGACCACAUCUCAGUGAAGAAGCAAAAAGUCGACCAGGUGGGGUCCGCGUUCGUGCAAGCUUUUGCUUGGGUGCAAGAGAUGACCAACGUUGGGCUAACGAUAUUUUUGACUUGGAUAUACGGAUUGGAGAGGAGAAUAGAGUGCUAGAGUUUGUAGGACCCCGAGAGGAAGGGGAGGAAGGCAGAUGGUGGGAUAAACUUGAGAACAGGAGAUGGUUUUGAUCAGCAUCUCUAGCAUCAGCUCGAGAGCAGAUCUCUGCCGGAACAUCUCUCAAUCAAGAGGAAUACCGUCGGCAUAUCCGUUACCCCUUUCAUCCAUGCUGAAAAGUCACCUGGUUUGUUGGUAGGCGUAUCUUAUUCAUAUAGGGUGAAGCGGUUGUGUGUACCCUUUGGAGACGAUGGAGAACGUUGCGCUUAGCAAGUUUAGCAAUUCUAGCGCAUGUCCGGCCGGACAAAGGUAGAUUAUUGAAAGCCGUAAGCGAUCGCUGAUAUUCAAUCUCCAUGUCUACGCUUCAUGACAAGAUUGGUCAUGGACUGUCUCCUCCUUAUCUGUGUUCAGCACCUUGUUCAUAGUGUAGAAUGCUUC